UCACACUUCCGGUUUUGGAAUGCGGAAGGAAAAAAAUACAAGGGUAAACUGCAUAUUAAGUGUUACUGUAGCGUGCCUUUUUGCUCAAAUUAGUAUAAGAAAACAGCUACAUUUGAGUUUUCAUGACUUCCCAAAAUAUAUAAAAAUAUGCGAGGAGAAAGUGCAAAAUUUCCUGUCCAGGCAGCACAUACAUAAUGUAUGUAGCUAGCGCUUCAGGCCCGAGAAGCUAUAUGUAAUAUACCAUUUUACCGCCUACGUCAUCAAAAAUAUGCGCGCGCCAUUUGGCAACGGAAGUGAAGUGUUCCAUUCAAGCCAUAAGGACAGGAAACUACACAGCGGUAAACCUUGAUUUAAGAGCGAGAUCAGCAUCAAAAUGUCCGGUUGUUGCGUGUUUGGCUGUACGAAUCGCUACUCUAACAUAAGCGGACUGAAGUUGUACCGAAUUCCGUCGGGAUCAAGGCCGUUUCAGAGAAACCGGAGACAUCUGUGGUUACAAGCCAUCAACCGUAAGGACAAAAAUUGGACUGAGGACAGGAUAAAAAAUGCUCGCGUUUGUAGCGCCCAUUUUAUAUCAGGUGAGGCGUCGCGGGACUCAGAGAGUCCUGAUUUUGUUCCUUCUGUGUUUACGUGCCCAAAGCAGAGUAAAAAACCCCAGGCAAAGAUGGAAAGUAGUGUUCAGGAAAGGAGUAUGAGAGGAAGCCGAGUUAGACUCAAGAAGGGGUCCGUGUCAUCCCGUACGUGUCUGAGUUCCGAUACUGAAGCCGCCAUGGGAGACAGACAGGAAGCUAUGCAAUGUGGGCCUGCUGCUAUUGUCAUGGACCACGAUUACUGCCGUCCACCAUCUCCUGAUAUCAUGGAUGCUACGGCUACAAGGAUAAAGGAGCUGGAGCAACAAACGAUGGAGCUGGAGAACCAAGUAAAGCAGCUAACAUUCCUCACAGACCAACCUAAGCUGAAUCGUUUCUGCUCAACUGAUGAAGAAUUCCGCUUCUUCACACAAUUUCCCUCUGAGGAAAUCUUUAAGUUGUUCUGGGAGUCUAUUGAACCAUCAGCUUUUAGGAUUAUUUACUGGACCAAGGCGCAGAGGGAAGCAUAUGAAACACCCAGUCCUCAUCACAAGCUGCUACUCAUUGAUGAAUGUUUCCUGUUUCUUUGCCGCAUUGCUGCUGGACUCAAGGAACAGGCUUUGGCAUCAAUGUUCAAGGUCAGUUUGCCAACUGUUAGCCGCGUCAUCAUAACAUGGACCAGUUACUUUUACCUUGUUUUGGGAUCCCAACCUUCAUGGAUGACUCGAAACCAGGUGCAAGCUACUAUGCCUGAAAAAUGUCGCCAGUUUUGCCCAGAGGUUCGUGUGCUGAUUGACUGCACAGAGGUCUGCUGUGAGACAGCAACAUCACUCACCCUACAAUCUGAAAGUUUCACAAAUGAUAAAAAUCACACAACUUUCAAAGGACUGCUUGGGGUUGCUCCCUGUGGGGUCAUCACAUUUGUUUCAAAGCUUUAUACCCGAUCCAUCUCAGAUCAGGAGAUGAUUCGGAGGUCUAACUUCACCCAGCUACUGCAGCCAGGUGAUGGAGUGAUGGCUGAUAAGGGUUUUCAGAUUGAAAAGAUUUUAGCAGAAGUUGGAGCCACCCUGAUCGUCCCCCCUUUCAAGAACUCUGCUCAGUUCAGCAAGGAAGAUGCAGAGAAGACACAAGCGAUAGCACAUCUAAGACUGCUGAUGGUAAGGGCAAUCAACAGAGUGAAAGAGUACCACAUCUGGGAUGGGAUUGUUCCACUUUCCCUCACAGGCUCUGUCAACCAACUUUGGACCAUCUGUUGCUUGAUGUCGAACUGCCAGGGUCCCCUCAACAUCAAGGAGGAUGAACCUGUUUGAACAUCUGUUGUAAUUAUAUAGGUGUAAUUAAUCAUUUUCAGGUUUUAGAAAUUCUCUCAUCAGAUUCAUGAAUUUUAAUCACCAUUGUGCCAAAACCUGUUUAAAUCUAACCUGUCACUUUUCUUACUCCAGCUAUUAUAGUUUCGUUCUAGUUCUUAUCGCUGUUACUGACCAGAUGUUUUUGAAUGCUGAGGUUAGUUAUGUUAGACGUUACAGGAUAUGCACUGAAUGCUACAUGAUUGAAACUUAAUGUAAAUAUUGUCCUUUCACUGAAUUA